CUAACACCGAAUUAAGGGAUAAAUUAGACUGGAAUUAAUAGUAAAUAAAUACUAAAUUGAUGAUAAUUAAGGAUAAAAUAAGAGUAUUUUAAAGAUAAAUUGAAGAAUAAGUUGAGGUGUGGAAAAGAAUAUAAGGGAGUAGUGUAAAAGGAAGUAAAAUUGGGAAAUUGACUGUUUUGUGGGAAUUAUCGCAGAAAGGAAAUUGUUAUAAAUAUUUUAUGUUAAUUUUUAUUGUUUUGGAAUUUUGUUAUUGUGAUGUGAUUAAUGGAUUGUGUUGUGUAAUUGAUGGAUUCUUGUAAAUCUGCCAAGUUGGUGGAUUCUUUUGAUAAUUCCUUCUACUCUGAGAAGAACUUAUACAAGAAGGACCGAAACCUCUCUGACUCACUCGGCGAUAACUUGGUUUAUGAACUCAAACAACUCGACUCGACCCUUGAUGAUCUUUUUCUUACCACUAAUCAACAACUUAAUACACAUUAUUCAAUACACAAGUUUCGCCUAAAGGUAUCAAGGCGUAUAAGUUCAUUUUCUUCAAUUUUAAAGAGUUUGUCGCGGCAAUGUGAGUCUCUUUCAAACUCGCAACAAAGAGUUAAGCUAUUCACUUUACAUCAGUUCUACAAUGACAGACUCAUGAAGCAUAAGAAUAGAUUGAGUGAGUGGUGGUCGAGGAAUGAGCGUCGUUACCAUGAUUUAUAUCUAUCAUCAAGAAUGGGUGCGUACGAGCCAAGUGAUGUUUCUGAGAAUGGGGACUCGGACGGUGAUGAAGGUUUCAUCACUAAAAAACUUAAGGACACCAGGAAUAUGAUGAUCUCACAAAUCAAUCAAAUGGACGCAGCUGAACCUUCACUCCUUCAAUCUUCACAAUAUAUUACACAACAAGUUUAUAUUCUCAACUUAUUGAAGAAUAAGUUUAGAAGCGUGAAGAUAACUUUUAACAUAGUAAAAAGAAGUGCUAUAAAGAGAUAUGGAGUGGUUAGAACCUGCUACUUUUUCUUUUUUGGCACUUGCAUUUUCAUCUUCAUCCGCAGAAUCAAAAUCCUAAGAUUAUUCAAUUUUGUGGUGAGAGUAGUUAAAAUCCCCGUCAAGUAUUUCAAGAGGAAAUAUCCAGUAAAUAACGUUGAAUUUUAAUGUAGUAUAAUUUGUUAAAUACCUA